CACAAGUUGUUUCACUAGCAGGAGAAAUUCAAAACAUUUCAGUUAAGUCUUUAAAUUGCUCCAGAUGAAGGAGAAAGUCUUCAUCAAAAGAAGAAUGGUCUGACUCACAGGUCAGCUUCAAAAUAAAGCCAAACCUGAGAAACAACAAUCCAAAAUCUUUCCACGAUCAGAAGAAAUGAGCACUGAGAGACCUUCCAACCUAAUCAAACACCCAGGGCAGACAAGCAUUCCUUCCCUCGAAAAUAUAAGUGAUUUCUCCUUAAAUGUCACUGACUGCACCCAGGUCGUGGUGCCAGAGGAAGUGUUUUUCACCGUUGCUGCUGCUGGAAUACUGGAAAAUCUGCUUGUCCUUAUUGCUGUCGUGAGAAAUAAGAAUUUGCACUUGCCCAUGUACUUCUUCAUUUGCAGUUUAGCCAUUUCAGACAUGUUAGGGAGCUUGUACAAAACUCUGGAGAACAUCUUUAUCAUCUUGUGCAAAAUGGGGUACCUGACACGCCGUGGGGAUUUUGAGAAAAAGCUGGAUGAUGCCAUGGAUUCCAUGUUCAUUCUGUCUUUACUGGGGUCGAUUUUCAGCUUGUUAGCUAUUGCAGCAGACAGAUACAUCACCAUCUUCUACGCUUUGCGGUACCAUAACAUCAUGACACUAAGAAGGGCUUUGGUUAUCUUGGCAGUCAUUUGGACGUUCUGUGCUGGCAGUAGCAUUGCUAUUGCCCUCUUCUCCUAUGAAGCAGCAACAGUCAUUCCCUUCACCAUCCUGUUCCCUUUAAUGAUGUUUUUUAUACUGUGCCUCUACGUCCAUAUGUUCCUCCUGGCUCGAUCUCAUGCUAAAAAGAUCGCCUCACUGCCAACCAGCACGGUCCAUCAGAGAACUAACAUGAAAGGAGCCAUUACACUGACUAUUUUCCUUGGAGUUUUCCUUUGCUGUUGGGCUCCCUUUGUUCUUCACAUCCUCUUAGCAAGGUUUUGCCCACAUAACCCUUACUGUGCCUGCUACAUGUCCAUUUUCCAUGUGAACGGGACGCUCAUAAUGUGCAAUGCGAUCAUUGACCCUAUGAUAUUUGCAUUCCGAAGCCCAGAAUUACGGAGUACAUUUAAGAAGAUGUUCUGCUGUGCCAGGUCAAGCUGGAACUGGUAAACACUUCAUGAAAAAUGAAGAUUGUAGAAGCACACCUAUGGGGUGCUGUGCAACAUCAGUUUGCAGAGUUAAAAAUACCAACAGUUACGCCCAAAGUAAUACUAUGCUUGUAGGAUACUGCCAGUGAUUUUCAGAGGGCUACCAAAGAAUGCAUAAAAACUAAGUAUGCACACGAAUCUUUGCCAACCAGACCCCUAGAAAUAUUACUGAUUAAUUCUGCAGACGAUUUUCAUGCAAGUAAAAAAAAAAAAACCCUGUAUCUUAACUAUCUUUUGUCAUUUCAGAAAAGCUCAAAUAUAAAUCUUCUGCAUCAAGUAUUACAUUACCCCAGAGAUGAGUUUAUGCCAACUCAUUUUGUAUCAGUAAUUUCAAUUUAAGGUGUAUGCUAUUUUAAAAUUCUGUUGUUUAAAUCACAAUGAAAUGAACAUUUGUUUCUAAACUGUACAUUUAUAUAAAAGUCUAUGAUAAAGUAGAAUAUAUGGCCAUGUAAUUGGAUUUUGCUGGAAAAGUGAAUUCAUGAUUGUUCUUUAACAUCUAGUCUCCUUAAAAUCAUGCAAUUAGUGUUCUCUAAGUUUCAAAAAUAACUUUUGGUGUGUGAGUCCAAGAGGAGAAGAUAUUUUUAGUGACUGAAGAGUUUUUUCCAACAUAAAGUUGUUGUGGCAGCAAAGACAGGUUUUGAAUUUUAAAACCCUAAAGCCAGGUCUGGACUAGCAAAGGGAAUUGCUGAGCUUGCCAGCUCCCCAUUGGAAGUCCCUGGGCCAGUUUGCUUUAAUAAAAUAAUAAGCUUUGCAGACAGUAAAAGAACUUGAUUCAGUCAUGCCUUUCUAAACACGCCACAAUAAAGAAUUCAAAAAAUAAAAUACCAGAGAAAAAAUUCAAAGACCUCCAAGGAAGUCAGCCACCUGGAUAAGGAAUCAGCCAGCCAGUCUGGAAGGAUGAAACAAAGCAGUUUGCAACUUACAAAAUCCUUGUGAGAAAAUUUCAAAUUGUCCCUGCCAAAAUAAUACAAAACUCACAAAACUUUAAGGCAAAAUAGUUUUCAACAGCAAAACAUCCUGAAGCGGUCCAGAGCAUAUGGUGAGGAAUUAACCUCACUAUAAUUCAGUGGAGUUAUUCAGCUGUGACAGAAAAAGAAUAUUUAGUAAGAGACAGCCAUGAAACUGAGAAAGCCAAGGCACGGCUAGAAGAAGAAGGAGAGGAAAAGAUAAAGUCUAUUAGAAUUCAUAGAUAAAUAGAAUCAUUUACUCCAAUGGAACACUAAGCAAAACGGGAAUUUCAAGAUAUAUGGAAUAUGGACCAAACCAUACAUUUUCAGGGGGACUUAGGCUUACAGCUAAAGAUACAAGAAAGGGACAAUAAACCUAUAGAACCAAGCAAAGAAAAUAUCUUAAAUGGGAAAAGAGACACUGAAAUAAAAAAUUUUCAAAACUAUAUAUUUAUUACAAAACUAUAUAUUUAUUACAAAAAAAGCUUUAUCUAUAAAAUGCAAGUUCAGAAGGGAGUUCAGAUAUAAUCACACAUUUUAUUUUAAUGAGAAUUUUUUCCUUUCCAUCAAAAGCAGAACAAAUGUAAAGCUGCACAGCAAGAAAUGACUGUUAGACCAGGGGGGAAGAAAGAGAAUUACACAAUAUUAAAGGCAAGGCAAAACAAAAGACCUACAGUACCAUAAUACCCUGUGCACACAGUUGAUGAGCUUCAAAAUGAUAAAAAACUUUGGACAGAAAAUUGUGAUUUAGGCAGCUCUUAUGUUAACUCUGAAACACAUGAAAUAUCUACUAAAUAUACCUUUCCUCAAAACUUUAUUUUCCAUCUGCUUCCGUAAAGACAUAGUUAAGAGAGCUAAGUAGCCUUCACCAUGUUAGAAGUCACAGCAUCUUGUAAGGAAGUCCAUUCUAACUCUACAGAUGCAGUCUCCAUGUUCAGAUUGAGCUCUGCAUAUGUAAAUUUUAAUAAAAUAUGUACAAUGAAAAACUAACCUCAUAACUUCUAAACACGGAGGAGUAAUCAUUAAAGAAAACAGUAUACGUUUAGCACUGCAAAGAGAAACAUCCAAGACAGUCUCGAGUCAAAAUCCAAAAUUCAGCAAUAAAGCAUAUCAUUGAAACUUUUCUGUAUAAAGUCCUUUGCGAAGGACUCCUUGUCUUGUGGGGAUGCUGGCAGUUAGGGCUAGGAAAGGGACAAGUGUGAGAGCCCAGGCUGGGGGUGGACAUGGCCAUGGCUACAGCAGGCCCCAGAUGGGGCCACCAGCUACUGCUUUCUUCUACCACACCAGCAUGUGGCAGCUCAGGGUAGUCCUGAGACAAGAGUGGCUUGGUCUGGAGGAAACAGGACAACUUGGACCUGGCUGCCUUUGGCCCUCAUCUGACUGCCCUCACCUACACAAGAGUCUCGGGAACUGGCUGGCGCCAACCUUCCUCGCAGCAUCCCCAGGCCCAGGGAAAAGAGGAGGGGAAGUGGUCGCUCACAGACCCUGGGAGCCAGAGGCCAGCUCUCAUCCCCACACUGCCACCACUUUGCUUUGCAACAAGGACCUGGGCUCCCACCUUGCCACAAAGCCAGACCCCCAGACCAUGCUAAGGGGAGAGUGGCCAGAGGCAAGAGCAUUGGACAAGGCACCAUUCCCACCCUCAUCCCAGAUGUCCAGCAUGUCUUAUGGGUUUCCCCACUGCCCUGCCUACUCUGCAGCCUCAAGAAAUAGCUGGGAGAGGUGGCA